AUGGCGGACGGCAAACAAGAACAACCCGACUACUCAGCCUGGAGUAACUCCAGCCUGAUCGCCCGGAUUACCGAGUUAGAGCGCCAACUCCACUCCCAGACAACGGAGUUCAAAGCACCAACAGAAAACUCGUCGCAGACACCCCGCUGUCCUCAAGCGCCCAUCUCUACCGACGUCCAUGAACCUGACAUCCCACACCCAGCGACCUCCAAAUCGACCAAGAAGCGGCCCUUGUCUCCCCCGGAAGGCGACAUCACACACACUCGCGCGCCAUCACGGGCUCUCAAAGCCGAUCGCAACUUCGACCCCUCCAAGUACUCGACGCGGUACAUUGCGCUCAAGUUUGCAUACCUCGGCCAGCGAUACAAUGGACUCGAGCACACGAAUGGAAAUGUGACACCGCUGCCUACUGUUGAAGAGGUGAUGUGGAAGGCAUUGCGGCGCACACGUCUGAUCUUCCCCGAAACGACCGAUGGCAACGAGCCAGAUGAUGUCGAGCCGCGUGCUGUGCGACCUUACCAUCUUUAUUGGGAUGGAUGUGAUUAUUCCAAGGCAGGACGUACGGAUCGGGGAGUAAGCGCGUUCGGACAAGUCAUUGGGUUGAGAGUCCGUAGCUCGCGGCCUAAGCCUCAGCCCUCCGCGGAGGGUGAUGCUCUACAAGGAGAUGCGAUGCAGAUUGAUUUAGGGUCUGGCGGGAAGCAGUGGGAUGAUAUUGCCGAUGAGACGAACUACGUACAAGUGCUGAACAGAGUGCUUCCGGAAGAUAUCCGUGUUCUGGCGUGGUGUCCUAACCCGCCGGAAGGGUUUAAUGCUCGCUUCUCUUGCCGCGAACGUCAAUACAGGUAUUUCUUCACCAAUCCUGCUUUCUCUCCGACACCUGGGGCACCUGGAUUUGAGAACCGUGCACAAAACGGGAAAGGACCACGUGCGGAAUACCGUGAGGGCUGGCUUGAUAUAGAGGCUAUGCGCGAAGCAGCUAAGCAUUUCGAGGGUACCCACGAUUUCCGGAAUUUCUGCAAGCUGGACACCAGCAAGCAGAUUGAGAACUUUGAACGCGUUAUCUUCCACUCCGACAUUGAAGUUGUCAACCCCAAGACUAACCCGGUGGGUUACGUUGGACAACCCGGAUUCCAGGCCAAAGAGGAUUCCGCUCCUGAAGCGGAUUUGACGCCUCCUUCCACGACCUCCCAGAACACUCCUCUUGUGUACUCUUUUACCCUGCAUGGUUCUGCGUUUUUGUGGCACCAAGUGCGGCAUAUGGUUGCGAUCUUGUUCCUGGUGGGACAAGGACUCGAGUCUCCAUCCAUUGUGCCUGAACUACUGGAUAUCGCGAAGAAUCCCCGAAAGCCAACCUAUGAAAUGGCUGAUGAUGCUCCUCUUGUCCUGUGGGACUGUAUCUUCCCUGAUGAGGACUCGGGUAACCGUGUAGAUGCCAUGAACUGGAUCUAUGCUGGCGACACGCGGGGGAACAACAACACGACAGCCAAAGGCGAUAGCAAGUUUGGGAUGCGGGGAGCAGUCGACCGGCUCUGGUCAGUCUGGAGACAGCGCAAAAUCGAUGAAAUCUUAGCGGGUGCUCUCCUGGACCUGGCUGUCAGCCAAGGUGACCAGAGUGCCGCGCAGAACACGGGCGGCGAAUCAUUAAACCAUGGUGUUACCAAGAAGUCAAACAAGGGCGCAAAGAUCUGGGUUGGCGGAAAUGAGACUCGUCCACACGGAAAAUAUGUCCCCGUCAACGAGAAAGGCAAGAUGGAUACCGUGGAGGUUCAAAAUGCUCGAGGACUUGUAUCAAAGCAGCGCAAGCUUGCCAACAAAGAGGAGGCCGCGGCAAAGUUGGCCCAAGUCUAA